GGUAAAUUUGUCCCGGUUCGAAGGGGCUCUGAGAAAAACAAUCAGGACAAGUCGCACUUUGUCAUCCAUCGUGUAUUCUGGAAAAUUAUUCUUUCUACGUAUAAAUAUUAACGUUUGCCGACCUUGUUGCAUCAGAUAAUGUUUUCAAUCCAACGGAAUACAACUCGUCUCUAUCCAAGUGCAUUAAGGAUUGCUAAAAUGAGCCAGGUCGGAGAUUUGGGUGCCGGUGCCGGCAAGGGAGGUGGCGGUGGCGGAUCGAUCCGUGAAGCGGGAGGAUCUUUCGGCAAAAUGGAAGCGGCCCACGAGGAGGAAUACUUCUACAAACAGCAGAGGGAACAGCUACAGCAGCUAAAAACGAAGACUGACAGCGGAAGCGCUGGUGCUGACGGAAAGUCCGGAGCCGGAGCUAAGAAGUAGAUGAUGCUAGUUUGGCCGAAUGUGGGUGCAUUAUCGUUUGUCGAAUUGAAUCCUUCUUUUUAGGUUAUUAUGAUACAUUAAAUCAAAAUUGAAUCAAUCUCAUUAAAAAAAA